GACACUGUAACCACUCCAUUUCCCUCUCCGCACUCCAUGUUUGGUUUCUGAAUAGCAAAACGCAACAUCACAUUUUCAUGGAGAAGAGGAGCUGAAAACAACAAGACAGCGACGAUGGCUUCAAGUACGUAUCGAAAUGGCGCUGUACGAAACUCCUCUAAUCCCAAAUCAUCGUCGCUCAAGUCGAGGAUUCCUCCCUCGCAGCCUUUUUCGGGAUCUGCGAUUCGACGGAAUAGCUCUCCAUCGUUUGGUUCUGCCGCUGCCGCUGGAGACGGCGGAGUGCCUGGGCGAGUUCGAGUAGCAGUAAGAUUGCGACCUCAAAAUGCAGAAGAGUUAGUAGCAGAUGCAGAUUUUGCUGAUUGUGUAGAAUUACAGCCAGAGCUUAAGAGAUUGAAACUUAGGAAAAACAAUUGGGAUUCAGACACUUACGAAUUUGAUGAAGUGUUUACCGAGUUUGCCUCGCAGAAACGUGUUUAUGAAGUAGUUGCUAAGCCGGUUGUGGAGAGCGUUCUAGGUGGUUACAAUGGGACUGUGAUGGCUUAUGGUCAGACUGGUACAGGGAAAACCUUUACUCUUGGAAAAUUGGGGGAGGAAGACAUGUCUGAUCGGGGAAUUAUGGUCCGAUCAAUGGAGGAUAUUCUGGCAAAUAUUUCACUAGAAACUGAUACUGUCUGUGUCUCCUAUUUGCAGCUUUAUAUGGAAACAAUCCAAGAUCUCCUUGAUCCGUUAAACGAUAAUAUUUCUAUUGUGGAGGAUCCAAAAACUGGAGAUGUUUCAUUGCCUGGUGCAAGUCUUAUAGAGAUCAAGGAUCAGCAAAGUUUUAUGGAGCUGCUGAGAGUGGGGGAAGAUCAUCGAGUUGCAGCGAAUACAAAGUUGAAUACUGAAUCUUCUCGUAGUCAUGCAAUUCUGAUGAUACAUGUUAAAAGAUCAGUUACGGAAAAGGAAGAUGUUAACCCAAGUGAUAAUGAAAACUCCUCUCAUUUUGUAAAACCUUUCAAGCCACUUGUUCGAAAAAGCAAGCUGGUCUUGGUUGAUUUAGCAGGUUCUGAACGUGUUCACAAGUCAGGAAGUGAGGGGCAUAUGUUAGAGGAAGCAAAGUCAAUUAAUCUUUCACUGAGUGCACUAGGGAAAUGCAUUAAUGCUCUAGCAGAGAAUAGUGCUCAUGUCCCAUUGCGUGACUCAAAACUUACAAGGGUGCUUAGAGAUUCUUUUGGAGGAACUGCUAGAACCUCUUUAAUUGUGACAAUUGGCCCCUCCCCUCGACAUCGAGGAGAGACUACAAGUACAAUAUUGUUUGGCCAGAGGGCUAUGAAAGUGGAGAACAUGCUGAAAAUCAAGGAAGAGUUUGAUUACAAAAGUUUGUCUAGAAGGCUUGAAAUACAGCUGGAUAAGCUCAUUGCAGAAAAUGAAAGACAGCAGAAAGCAUUUGACAGUGAAAUUGAAAAGAUAAAUUCUGAAGCUCAGAAUCGUAUCUUAGAGGUUGAGAGGAACUUUGCCGAUGUAUUGGAGAAAGAGAGGUUAAAGUGUCAGAUGGAGUACAUCGAAUCAGUUAAGAAGUUAGAGGAAAAGAUGAUAGAAAAUCAAGGAAAGCAUGGCUGUAAUGGCUACAUCCAUGCUAAAUGCAUUGGAGAGGGGCCUGAGGUUAUCAUUUCUGAGGAUACUACUGAACUUAAAAAACAGCUUGAGAAAGAAAUUCAUGGGAGAAAUGAAGCUGAAGAGGAAGUCAACAAGCUAAGAAGUCAACUAAGGCAAUUCACAGAAGCAGGGGCAGGUGGAGAUGCAGAAAUCUUAAAGCUUCAAACAGUUCUGGAAAAUGAAGUUCAUCAAAAAAAGAAGCUUGAAGAGGAAAUAAUUAUACUUAGAAGCCAGCUGUUACAGUUGACCUUUGAAGCUGAUCAGAUGAGACUGUGUCUUGAGAGAGGUGGGUUCGCAAAUGGUUAUGCUGACCUAGCUUCACCGAUGUCUCAAAUUAAUCAUUCUCAAUUCAGAGAGCCAGGGAAUGGAAAGAAGACUCCAGUUGCAUCUCUCUUUGAACAAGUUGGGCUGGAAAAGAUCUUGUCUCUGCUUGAAUCAGACGAUGUCAAUGUACAAAUUCAUGCUGUAAAAGUAGUGGCCAACCUAGCAGCUGAAGAGUCAAACCAAGAAAGGAUUGUUGAAGCUGGUGGUCUUGAUUCCUUGUUGAUGCUUCUUAGAAGCUCUGAGGACGAAACUAUUCGUAGGGUAGCAGCUGGUGCAAUCGCCAAUCUUGCUAUGAAUGAGGCCAAUCAAGAAGUCAUAAUGGCUCAAGGUGGAAUCAGUUUGUUAUCUAUGACAGCCUCUGAUGCUGAUGAUCCGCAGACUCUACGCAUGAUUGCUGGUGCUAUUGCGAAUCUUUGUGGCAAUGACAAGUUACAGCUGAAGCUGAGAUCUGAAGGUGGAAUUAGGGCCUUGCUGGGAAUGGUAAGAUGCGGACACCCUGAUGUUCUUUCACAAGUUGCAAGAGGAGUUGCGAACUUUGCAAAAUGCGAGUCCCGAGCUUUUAGUCAAGGUAUAAGGAGUGGCAGAUCUGUUCUCAUAGAAGAUGGUGCACUUCCAUGGAUUGUACAAAAUGCUAACGAUGAGGCUGCACCAAUCAGACGCCACAUAGAACUUGCCUUGUGUCACUUGGCACAGCAUGAAGUAAAUGCAAAGGAUAUGAUUAGAGGAGGUGCUCUCUGGGAGCUAGUUAGAAUAUCACGAGACUGCUCCAGAGAGGAUAUAAGGAGCCUCGCUCAUCGGACAUUGAAUGCAAUCCCUGCAUUUCGUGCUGAAUUGCGUCGGUUACGUGUAGAGUUCUGACCAGAGAGUAACAUUGGUUUCAAUCACUUGCUGUAUGAUACAUAAAAAAUAUUUAAUCUCAGCGAAGAGGUUUUGAAAGCGGCAAUGGGUUUGGCCCGAAUCAUCACAAAAUUUUGAUUAAGGAAACAACUAGAAGUGAUUUUGCUGGGUUCCCCAGGUAUCUUGAUUGAUGUGAUGGGUCGGCGUUGGCCUGAAUAUUUUCAGGCUUUAAGUUCAUCUGGCAGAAGAUGGUUUUGCACUUCUUUUAAUUUAAUUUUAUAUUCGUAAUUUGUCUCUUUUUUUUAAUGUUGUAUUUGUUUUUUGUUUUUUAUUUGAACUUUCAGGCGUACGUAGUUAGGCUCAGUUGUCCAUAGGCCCGAAUAUAGUUGGUUAUAAUUU